AGGGCUACUGGUUCACGAAGACAACAGGUACAGAACUCUUACAGGACGAAAUAAGUACUAGUAAUUACAGAGAAAAAAUGACCUUGUUCGUUGCUGUGACACUGAUAUGUCUGCUGCCCUGUCUACAUGCCUCUUUACCGGUCAUGGAGACUGUGAAUCUUACUGGAAUUCACGACUGGGGAAACAGGUUUGAGGGCAUGCUGGUAUUUCCUAUUGUCGAGGAUGUGUACGGUUGGGAGGUUACGGUCCAUUUUAACUAUCCUGUCAUCCUUCAACGCAAUGCCGAGACAACUAUAAACCGCAUCUCGGCUGAUAACAGAACGUACGUAUUGGUCAAUAAGCUCAGUGACGGCAGUAAACACAAUCACACCACAACAUCGAUGACUAUCAUUGGUCGGUACAACCGUUUGACCUCUGACCCGCCGAUUGCAGCUACCGCAGCCCUGGUAAACCUUAUACACGACGGACAAGUCACGCCUUCGACACCGCCAGCAGUCGCGUCUGAGAAGUACAAUUAUGCCGAGGUUCUGGAGAAGUCCAUUCUGUUCUACGAAGCUCAGCGGUCAGGGAAACUACCUUCCACCAACCGGAUACCGUGGAGAGGUGACUCAGCCUUGACCGAUCACGGACAAAACGGAGAGGAUCUCUCGGGAGGCUGGUAUGACGCUGGUGAUCACCUCAAAUUCGGGUUUCCCCUGGCUGGAAGCGUGUCGAUGCUAGCAUGGGGACUCAUCGAGUUUAAGGACGCUUAUGCUGCUACUGGACAAUUGGACAACAUGUACGAUUGUAUUAGAUGGCCGUUAGAGUGGUUGAUGAAAGCACAUACGGGUCGCAACGAACUUUACGUCCAGGUUGGAGAUGGUGACCUUGAUCAUCAUUUCUGGGGAAGACCGGAAGACAUGACAAUGGCACGGCCAUCCUAUAAGAUUACUGAAGAUAAACCCGGAAGUGACGUCGCUGCCGAGUACGCCGCAGCCAUGGCUUCGGGAUAUAUUGCGUUCAAGGACAAAGAACCUGCAUUCGCUGCAAAGCUCCUGACACACGCCAGGGAGAUCUACGCCUUCGCUUUAGAGUACAACGGUACUUAUAGUAAGAGUUUACCUCAGUCGGCAGCUCAGUUUUAUGGCUCUUCAGAUUAUGACGACGAAAUGUGCUGGGGAGGUGCGUGGCUAUAUUUAGCUACUGGUGAAGACAAAUACCUGACACAUUCCAAGAACUACAACCAUCCUGGUACUAGCUGGGGACAGUCUUGGGGAAACAAGGAUAUUGGUUGUAAGGUGCUUCUCCACAAUGUGACCGGUGAAGAUAGAUAUGCUGCUGACAUCACCGGAACAUUUACCAACUGGAUGCCAGGAGGCAAUGUUCCAUACCUUAACAGUGGCCUCGCCUUACGUAACGAAUGGGGAUCUCUUAGACACACCGCGAACAUGGCGUUUAUAGCAUUAGUAGCCGCAGAAAACGGUUUAAAUAGUGCAGAGUAUCGCGCAUGGGCGAAAUCUCAGAUCCACAUUGCCCUUGGUGACACCGGAAGGAGUUUUGUUGUUGGUUUUGGGGUCAAUCCCCCCAGUCAUCCUCACCAUCGGUCAAGUUCUUGCCCAAUGAUGCCGGCGCCCUGUUCCCAGGAGGCGCUGUCGAGGUCAGGGUCAAACCCACACACGCUAUACGGCGGGCUGGUGGGUGGACCUAGUCGUGAGGGUAGUUACAAGGACAACAGACAGGAUUAUCAACAGAACGAGGUUGCCUGUGAUUACAAUGCGGGCUUUCAAUCAGCCGUCGCAGAUACCUGCCUAUACCUCCAUAUAAAGUUAAGUGGAUGUACACUAUAAAAGAAUUAGCCCUUGCUAAAAUGUUUAAAUUGAUCGUUACGUCAGUCAUACUCGGCAGGGUACUGUAUAUCUAAGAAUCCAUUAU